GCAGCUUCUCAAGGCUGGUGAUGUCAUCUGUUAUUUUGUCUCCUUUCCAGAAAGCUGUGGCCGUAUUUUAAGUGGAGCAGAGAAACGAGAACCAGGAUAUCCUUUCACAGAGUCUCAGCUCUGUGUGGAGCACCACUCGCCUUUCUGAAGAAUUUUCAGGAUGAUGUUCUGCCUGAGGUUGAAACUGCAUGAGAAAUCUCGCAACUGAAACAAGUAAAACAGCCAAGCUCAGAGGAAGCGUCUUUCUUCUUUUUGUUUCUCAUUCCUUUCUGCGGUCAUCAACCUUUCAAAGAAUGGAAACUGCUAUGAGGGAUCUUCUCAGCCACCGCUGUGUUCAGGAAGCCCACUGACCUGAUCAAGAUGCCAGGUGACAAUUCUUCUGAGAAUUGUUCUGAUCCUUCGAUGGGCUUCCAGGCCUCCUUAUAUGCCUCUACUUAUGCUAUUAUCUUUAUCCCUGGCCUGGUGGGAAACAGCCUUGCUCUCUGGGUUUUGUGUUGCUUCAUCAAGAAGGAAAGCAAAGCGGUCGUUUUCAUGAUGAAUUUGGCCGCUGCUGAUCUGGCUCAUGUCCUCUCAUUGCCUUUGAGGAUGUAUUACUAUGUCAACCACAACUGGCCUUUUGGGGGAUUCCUCUGUCAGUUCUGCUUCUACCUGAAAUACCUCAACAUGUACGCGAGCAUCUGCUUCCUCACCUGCAUCAGCGUCCAAAGGUAUCUCUUUCUGCUUCACCCCUUCCGAGCCAACAGCUGGAAAUGCAGGCAUGAGGUCGCCAUCAGUGCUGCCAUCUGGAUAGUGGUGGGAGCAGCUUGUCUCUCCCUUCCAAUCCUAAGGCGUCCUAGCGCCAAUACCUGCUUUGCUGACCUGGAAGUAAAACAGUUAACGAGGGGAGCCGCCAUAGCACUGAUGGUAGUAGCUGAGCUCUCUGGGUUUCUUCUCCCUCUCGCAAUAAUCAUUUAUUGCACGUGGAAAAUGAGACAGUCCCUGCGGGAUCCACAAGCCCCUGUGCAACAGGCCAACCAGAAGCAGAAAGCUUGGCGCCUGAUCUUGGGGUGUGCAGCCGUGUUCUUCAUCUGCUUCACCCCCUAUCAUGUGAACUUCCCCAUCUUCAUGAUGGUCAAGCAAGGGGUCUUUGGAAGCUGCUUGGUCCAUCACCACAUUAUGUAUUUCCACUCCAUUGCGCUGUGCCUCGCAAGCCUUAAUUGCUGCUUGGAUCCCAUUCUCUACUAUUUCAUGACAUCAGAGUUUCAGCAAAGGCUAUUCCGACACAGCAGGGCUGCCAUCCUGCACCGCUUCACCCAUUUUGACAGCAGCAGGACUGCAGGGCCCACUGCCAAGGAGCAGGAGGAGGAGGAGGAGAGAAACGAAAAUGUUUUAAUGGCCUAUUUCCGGUCCCUUCGGCCUCAAAGACUUGAAAGUGAUAGCAUGGAGACCCCUUUGUCUUCUUAGCUAAUAGAUGAUUCAUGGAGAUCCAUAUCAGAUGAUCUCCCAUCAUUUGACUACUCAAGCCUUGAUGAUUCUCAGCUGGAUAUAUGGACUUGGAUCUACUGAAAACUACUGUGUUUGGUUUGUUGAUGUGUGAGGUGCAAGUUCCAUUCAGAAUGGUUCACAGCAGAUGGUUCAAAGUGGUCAUUGCUUGAUAUAACAACUAGGGAAUGAAGUUUUGGAACCAACUUCUGAUUCUUGAAGUAGGAACCUGGUUCAUGAUGUGUGCUCUGCAGCCCCAGAUAAUGUAAGAGACUGGGGGUUUGCUUUACUACAAGGCUUUAAAAUAUAUCAGGUAGGUCAGGGAAUCUGUGAGAUCCUAAAGGGGAAUCCAUAAGCACGUUCAGAUCCACAGAUGUCACAUGGGCAAUGUUAAUUUCCUUGAACCCCAAGAAAAGGUUUCCAGUCAGGUUUUACUGGGCAAAUGCAUUUAGAACUAAAAGAACAGCACCCUCUAAUAUGGACAGAUAAGAAACAGGUUCUGUCAAAUUGCUUACAUAAAUAUAAUGGCUUCAGAUCCAUCAGGCAGGUAGAGAGAUCAAAACAGAAGGGAGAUUAUUUGUAUCUUUUCAGAACUUGUGAUGCAGUCUGCAACUCGGAAAAAAAAAUUAAUCCAGGGAAAUGCACACACAUAUGCAAAGGUAAGAGCUGAAGAAAGAAAUGCUUACCAAAUUACCACAUGCAUUCAAGCAUACAGAACUAUAUCAGGGAAGUGUGCACAAAACACAAAUAUAUCCUUGUGCAAACUUUUCCUGCAAAUCUGUAAAUGGUCACUAUGGUGAGAAACUUAGGAGAAAUGAAAUUGGCCCCUCCUAUUUUUACUACUACGGCUAGCAAAAAUUUCUCACUACCAUGUUCCAGUCUAGGGAAUCAAUGGUAACAAAUGAAGAGCCCAAACCAAACCAUUUAUUUCAUUCUUCAAUCCUGAAUUAAUCGUCCCUUUUAAUUGUGAUGAGACAGAACUGCACUAUUAUAAUACCCUGUAUUUUGUUCUUAGCUCUGAGAUGCCAGGAAGUUGAAAAGAUUAGUGUAGAAAACUGAAAAUGCAAAGUGGGAAUGCAAAGUUUCUGUUUCUCAUAACAACACAAUUUGUUAUGAGAACGGAAAUUGUGUUGUUAUGAGAAACAGAAACCUAUCAAAAUUCUGUUAUCCUCUUGAUUAAGAUGUUGGGAGGAAUUUUCUUUUCAUAUAUACAAAUGUAAGUGGAAAGCCACAGCAGGUUUGGGUGGAAUUCUUGGAAAAAGAAAGGAAUUGGAAAGAAGGCGUUACAGGCAAGCUGGAUGCCAGAAAAAGGAGAGACUAAUUUAACUGGCCAAUGGAUAAAUCCAGCCAUUCCAAUCUGUUACUCUACAGAUCUGUUAGGACUACAUUUUCCCCAAAUUUUGGAGAAGGCUGGCCACUAAGUAUGGAUUUACAUCAAAAUUGGUGGUGAUGGUGGGGGAGAUUAUUUAAUAUACCUUAUGGUAAGAAUAGAUUCAAAUUUCUCAGAUCCGUCUGUGAAAUGGAACACGGUCUUCAGCGUCUACACUUCCCAGAAUUUUGCAAUGCAGUGCAUACCUAAACAUGUAUAUUAGGAAAAAGGUGGGAGAGGUGCUUAAAACUUACUUACAAACAUGCAUGUGUUAAGCAAGCCUGCAUUCAAAGUACAGUGGUACCUCUAGUUACGAACUUAAUCCGUUCCGUGAGUCUGGUUGCAACUCGAGUCGGUCUCAA